GUCUGAUGCAGCUGCUUAGAGAUAUUUUUAAUCUGAAUCUGAUAGCUCAAUUAAGUCAUUCAAUUUUCCUCAUUAACGUUUAGUUUUCGGGCUGUAAUUAAACAGCUUAGGAAAAUAAAGUGCUUAUAUUUUAGAAACAUGUGUUUCACUUUUUCAAUGACAUCGGCUCUGUAAAAAGAUCUUCUGUUUUCAUCAUCAGCACAACACAUAAAUUGCUUAAAAACGCACGUGAUGUUUUUUUGACGAGGAGAAAAUAAUACUUCUUUUCUAUAUCAUAUACAUUAAUAGUUAAACACAUCAAAUUUAUUUGUCUCUUAUACCUUUGUAAACGUAUUUGAAUUAUUUUGGUAUAUUACAAUUCCAAUGUUUUGAGUGCAAUAACUCAUUUGUUAUAUAUCUUCUAUCGAUUAUUUUAAACAAGCUGGAAGUGAGUUUCAGAGACUUAUCUGGAGUAUUUUGAAAAGAUAUUUUGCAGUUUGUAGUCUUUCACUUAACUUUUAAAGAAGACUGCAUUUCUGCGAAAGAAAAAAACUCGGGUUUUCUGCAUUUCCCAGAAGAAUCAGCUGUUAUUUGAAGGUGUGAACAGGUGUGAACAAAGGUGUGAAUAAAGUAGGCGUGAACAAAAAGUAUUUCCAUACAGCAUGGUGGAGAUGAAGAAUGAUCAGAUGGGCGCUGAGGCCAACGAGGCCUUCGACGCAGCCAACGCAGAACACCCCUACCUCAAAAUAAUCCUCCUAGGCGACAGUGCUGUUGGCAAGUCAAAGUUGUUUGAGAGAUUUCACCUUGACGACUACAAAGAGUAUCAGUAUUCUACAUAUGCCCUCACACUCUACAGACACAAGGCCGUGCUGGACGGCGAGGAGAGGCUUAUCCACUUCUGGGACACUGCAGGCCAAGAGAGAUUCAACAGCAUGCACUCAUCCUACUACUUCCAAGCACACGCCUGCAUUAUGGUGUUUGAUGUGCUGCGAAAAGUGACUUACAAGAACCUGCAGAUGUGGCACGACGAGCUACGCCAGUAUAGACCAGAAAUCCCAGUGCUGCUAGUCGCCAACAAAAUAGACGCCAACCCUAAAGCGAGUCAGAUGGAGUUCAAGAUGGCGACCAAGUACAACAUGAAGAUGUACUACUGCUCGGCCUCAGACGGAACCAACGUGGUGAAGGUAUUCAAAGACGCAAUAGUGGCUGCUCAUGAGUACAAGGGCAAGUCAACCGACUUCAUGGACAACGUCAUGGAGGAACUCCAGAUGAUGGACGAAGACGCCGAUCUCUAAUGAAAGUCCAAAGGAGCUAAUAUCUGGAAAGUUAAAAGUCCUAGAAACCAACUGCACAACCUUGAACCUCUCCUCGAGUCUAUGACGUUUAAGCCACAUGUAUUUUGCAUGAUGUCUGGAACCAUUAUCUACAUUUACGGAUAAUAAUUCUUAAUUCUCAAUCUAAAUUGCAAUAUUGGCCCUAGUUCUAAAUUUCUGUUUAUCUCUUGUGUUUAAUGUAUUUGAAUUAAACUUAAUUUUGCUUCAAA